UGAUCGAUUUCAAAUAUCAUUACCGGGAGACUUUCACUAUAAAAGUAGCGCGAUAUCAAAUUAGAGUCACAAAAAAGUUGGACACGCCGUUGUAAACUUUACUCACUUAAAAUUUGUUUCUUAUAAAUACAAUGAAAAUAAUUUCUACUUUUGCGUAUUUGCUUUUCGGAUAUACUAGCGCUCAGACUUUAGUAUGGUCGGAUGAGUUCAAUGGACCAGUAGAUCAAGCACCAGAUGCAUCAAAGUGGGGCUAUGACAUUGGUGGUGGUGGAUGGGGUAACGAAGAACAUCAGUACUACACCGAUUUCAAAUCAAACGCUGCGUUAGAUGGAAAUGGGAACUUAGUAAUUACGGCUCGUAAAGAAAACCCGAAUAAUUUAAAUUGUUGGUACGGACAGUGCAAUUACACAUCAGCUCGUUUACUUUCUUUUGGAAAGUUCGAUCAGUUGUACGGUACUGUAGAGGCUCGUAUUAAACUGCCAACGGGAAAAGGAUUUUGGCCAGCUUUUUGGAUGCUUGGUAACAAUUUUCAAACUGCUGUUUGGCCAGAGUGUGGUGAAAUUGAUAUCAUGGAAAAUAUUGGUAGUGAUCCACUUACCGUUAGUGCAAGUCUGCACGGGACAGGCUAUGCUGGUGGCAACAGGUUGACCAGCACUUUCUCUUUAUCGAAUGGUCAACCAUUUUCUAAUGAUUUCCAUAUCUAUCGAGUCGUCUGGAGUCCUGAUUCCAUUACGUUUUCAGUCGAUGAAGUAAACUACGCCACGAUGAAACCAUCAGAUACACAUGGAAGUCGAUGGGUUUUCGACCAUCCAUUUUUCAUCAUUUUAAAUUUAGCUGUUGGUGGUACAGGGCCUGGCAACCCCGACGCCACGUCUGUGUUCCCCCAAACUAUGACUGUCGAUUAUGUCAGAGUUUAUGAAGCUUCAGAUGCACCACCAGCACCAACCAGCAAUCGAAUAAGAAGUUCUGCUGGGGAACUUUGUCUUGAUGUAGCUGGUGCAAAUAGCAACAGCGGGACACCAGUUCAAGUUGCUUAUUGUAACGGUAACGCAGCACAAGACUGGACGAUCAACUCCAGUGAUCAUACUAUUCGUGCUUUUGGUAAAUGUCUCGAUAUUGCUGAUGGAUCAGCGGUGAAUGGUGCAAAUGUUCAGAUUUACGACUGUAACGGAACUGGUUCCCAACAAUGGGCUAUAUCUGAGGCACAUGAUAUUGUCAGUAUUAGUGCUGACAAAUGUUUAGAUGUUCGAACACCAGCUCAAGAUGGAGCACGUACACAGAUCUGGGAUUGUUCUGGAACUUCAAAUCAAAAAUGGAACCUUGCCUAAAUUUGAUUUUUUUAAAAUAUUUAUUACUUGAAUUACAUAAUAUAUUACGUUCGUA